AUGAGUGGUGCUAGCACCCAAAUAGUCUACCGCCCGCACCACAAUCUGCGACAGUUUAGAAAUCAAAUCCUGGUAAGUGGAUAGGAUUUUAGCUUACAUUGCAUGCUGAAUACUUCGGGCAGUUAAAGUAUUAUUUUAAAGAAGGUCUGUGACCCCAAUAUGAAAGGAAGUGACGUAACAGUCGCGAGUUCGAUCAUCUUCCUGAAGCAUUAAUUAGUUAGGAGGCCAUCGUUGGUUCAACCUACAUUUUGCACUGGAGGGAAGGUCCAUCAUUGGAAGCGGUAGGUAACAUACGGAGAUGUGUGGUACUUAUAAAAUACGAUUGUAGUGCAGAUUUCUGCGUGGCAGUUGUAGGGUCUCCUGAAAUGGUCGAUUAACGUGUUUUCAUUGGAGCUGUCCUUAUCUAACGUGAGUGUCCCUUGGAAUACUGUCAUCCUGUGAACAGUUUGACGGCUUACCGACCUAGUUGCAGUUGCAGGGCUUUGUAAUUUGAAUAAUCCCCUUAAAAUGAAUGAAGCACUUUGGGCUGACGUCUAGCGGUAAAACAUGCCCUUCCAUGAACGUUCGAGUAGUUUUUUCUGCCCCUUCUUUGUCUGUCAAUGCUUCAUAUGGGUGACACUGGAUUUGCGGGAGAUUUGCUCGAUUACAACAUGCUUUUAUGUCACUCAGAGUUCACAAAGGACACUUACAGGGACUUCCUUCUCUUCUAGUCCUGCGAAUAAAGUUGGCAUGUUGACGCUGGGAUGGGUAGUAAGAAAUAUAGUUGCAAAUGUACAACAUCAUAUACCGUUAGUUUGGACGUGAGCCUGCUGAAUCAGACGAAGGAAUUGGGUUUGGAGAUGAUCGAGACCUGCUAUAUUUGAAAACAAGUACUCAAAAGUCACACUAGGUUGUUCCUCAAAGAGAGUAAUUAGGACAUGAAGAUGACCAGAUUGAACAACUGGGAGCAUCUUUGGCAGUCAAAACCAAAUAAUCCUUCACUCUUAAAUAAGAAUUCAACAACAAAUUGGUAAUAAGCAUGUCGCCGAGGAAUCAACUCUCUCUUAAAUUGUAAAUAUUAAAAGUAACAUCGUCCGUCGGUCUCUUAACAUAUGAAAUCGAGUCCGCGCAUACUAAAAUAGACCUCAAGCGUCUGUGAAGGCUUAGGAGAACUUUAGCAUAAACUAUCUUUACCUGCUCAAAAUUAACUUUAUCUUGACCUUCUCUUCAAUAACUGUAAAUUUAGAGGCAUUUACCAACUUUACAUACAAGGAGCCUUCUCUUACUUGACAGAUGUUGACAUGGAAUCCUAUUGGCACGAGAUGCGCUGCCCAUCUCAUAGUUCACUUUGCAAGUUAAGCAUAUUCCAGAACGGCCUAAUGUGCCAAACAGCGGCUAAUGAAACACGAAGAAUGAUUGAUUUCUUUUCUGGGAAGCAGCUAACCCGGACUCCAGUGAGUUGGUGCAUAUGCUGCAUACUGCUCACCACGCAGAGCAGAUAGAAGAAAGAAUGAAAGAUGCUCGCAGCCUAUGUGUUAAGCAACAAAAUUUGGCAAGAGUAUAGGUUAUCGUCAGCUAAUUUUCUUUAGCGUAACCAAAGUAACCCCGGACAUAAACCACAACUUUGCCCAAAAUUCCUCACUUUACUCGAACUUUCCUCAGUAAUUCCAGGAGUCUAGCUUCGUUUUUACCCACGCUGCCUUUUAUACUUUUUAAACAUUUCUAAAAACACUCGCCAAUUCAGAUUUAUCUUCCGUUAAAUCAUUUUCACCUAUUAUUUUACCUUUUAAACGGCGUAUUGCAAACAGCGCAAUGAAUAUAAACUGCAGGACGAGGAACUGAGGUAACAGACGACAAUAAGGGGAGUCGUUGUGUGCAAAAUCAACUGGUGUCCACAGCAUAAAUCUAUAAAUGUUUUCACUCAUCGUAUUGGGAUCCACAGUUCGACGAGUACAGUAGAACUUUGGAUGUAUUCACUAAUACAUAGACUGCUAAGGAGGCAUUUUUCAUCCCAAAGGCGUGAACGACCGAACUGGUCCCUUAUCGGAUUAUUGACCAAUGUUAGCCCAAUAGCUCUUUGUUUCUUGUCUAUUACAACAAGCGUUUUUUCGAUCUCUUUCAAUGAAGUGAAGCAGUUUCUUUCCCACCCGACUGUUCAGACCAAGAAAUAUUUAUAUUUAGAAUAAUUACACCAGUAAAACUUCAGUGUCAUCAUUAUAGGCUCCAAGUUUGUCACCAAAACCAACUGUGGGCAGUAAUAUUUCUAAAAUUAUUCAAAAUGGCGCAACUAUGCUUGCUUUUGUCUUUCCAUCCCGAAACGUUAAUUUCGCGCCGCACAAAUUCCGCCCUAAAUGAACUGGUCUAUUAACAAUGUUAAGUGAACGGUCCUUUGUGACGGUUUGUUAUCUGUCAUGAUCUCUCAGUUACUGCUUAGGACUGUACGCUUAAUAAGUAGACUUGCUUUGUCAAAAGGAGUUUAGGGUCCCUGAACCAUUUUUUAGUUUAUUAAUAGAUGCAAUCGUUUCUGCGCCAGGAAGCGCGAUCACGUAUGGUUGGGUUAAUGAUUUCGUUUUUUUCAGUUUUAUCUAGCCGAAAUGAAGGAAUACAAACAGUUGGCACUCCUUUUACUGAUGACCGGCAUCUUUUCAAAGGUAAUUUUCACAACGGCAUCCAAAAGGCUACAAAGUGACUUUUCUUAUUCACCAAUUCUGAUGUGAGCAUAUUUUAAAUGCCCUCAGCAGAGGCAAAUAAAUCCACAAAAUUGUUUUCAACUGAGCCAUGGAUAACGUCUGCUUACAUUUCACCCAAGGUAGGAAGCAUAUUAGAUCAGAGAAUAGGUCUUCUGUGUAACAAAAUGUAGUUGCAAAGGCAUAUAUUUGCCUGAUUCCUAGUAAAUACAACUGGGUCUACCGUAUCCGCUAAACCAUUUCAUUCCAUUAUUAAGUAGUAGGCGGCUGGAUCCCACGGAAACCUGUACAUUUGACCACUACAACUGCUGAGCUCUUUACCCUGUUCACUUUCCCACUUUAUUUGUGCCGUAGGCAGUACGUAGUGUAUAUAAAAUUUAAAUAAACUGUCGUCGCACGAAAAUCAAAACUAAUUUUCACCGUCAAAUUAAAUCUCGGUUUAAUUUAAUAUAAUUCACCGUAACGAAACACGGAAAAUCAUCAACCAGAGUUACCGCUAGAACUUCCAAAUGCAACAACCAAGGGCAGAAGGACUCUCGGCGUUGUAUGUCAAUUUUCUACAAAACCCAAAAAUACCUAGAAAUUUUAUUGGAUUCUCUAGUCUAGACUAGAUGCUCGAAGUCAGAUGAACUAGACAUGACGAAGAUCAUCCUCGUGAAUUCGAUUUGCCUGGGGUGGUUAAAAGUCAUGCGGCUAUGUCAAAUGAGACUAAAAAUGACAAAGAGAAUUAAAAAUUAAUAGGGACGAGGAGAGAAGAGACCAGAAUAGCCAUUUAUAGCAUACUAAUUGUCUUCUGACAGUAGUAUCUCAGUGGGAGGCCAUUGAUAAUAUCUGGCUUUAAAUGAAAUUCAGUUGGUGUUGGAUGCUACCGUUCGAUUGGUUUAGCCAUGUGUCCAAACUUUGCCGGCUAUGAUAAGUGGGAUCUAAUGUCUCCUGAGACUGAAGUCUGUUGGGCAAGUUCGUCUAGGAACCUAAAAUGGGCGAUCUUUUUUGGGUUGUAACACCCUAUAACCUCCCAUAUGGCAAUCCACGCGCGGUCCUGUACAAAGAGCAUUUUGCCUCAAUUAAUACUGAAAUAGUCACUUUAGCCCAAUGGAUGUUUUCAAUCACCGUAACCGAAACUCAUUGCAGAGAGAUUUGAGAUUUGAGCUUCUUGUAACCAUUGACGGUUUGUUACAUGAUGAGCGCUUUUGAAAGCGCCUGAACGGGUAUCCGCGUUCGGAAAGUGACGACAGCAAGCUGCUUUUAAUUUUUUUAGAAUUCUUGGUCGGCAUUGGCAUGUGACCAAAUCAGAGCUUGAAUGUUCUGCCCCCUUGUGCCGGUGAAAAUCUAUGGGAACCAGCCUAUUUUUUCGUAAACGGGACUUUACAGCGGUCGCUAUGCUUAUAGUUGCUACGAAAAUGGGGAACUAAAUGUCGGUUUCUUCUCAGGCUUUUAAGUACUUAUUCGCUGACAACCGUCCAUUCCAGAAGAAAAGAAGAUGAGAUCAUUUGAAUAAGUCGUCUGCUGUUCAUGUUCACAUUUUGUUAAUUGAGACUGAUUUUUUUAUUGAAAUAAAGCUAGCCCAUGCUCCUGCUUGCUAAAUUUUUACACAAACAGCGGUUUUUCACUUUGUUCGAUUUUGUGUUUUAAAGUUUUUUUACUUUUGGUCCCCGGGAACCCCGAGAAGUAGUAAAUAUGACAACUGCGCUUUCGUCCCAAAAUUUCAAAAAUAAUCUAUUGAUUGUUUUGCAUUUAUUUUAGGCGAUAUGUUCAAAGUGAGUCUACUACCACUUUUUGUUCACAACUGAAACUUAAAUAUUGGUAAAAAAAACCACUGUGGGAUUUACCUUGAUUUACAUUUUCAUUUGCCUUUUAUCCUGUGAUGUUGAACCGUUAUUUUCUUAGCCUCAACCUUUUUAAUCCUGGCGAUUGAACUGACAUUUGCUUUUUUUGAUUUUCCGAAAUUUUAAGGUAUCCUGAAGACCUUGACAAAACACAGACAACGUAUGUCGCAUAUUCUAGUUGAGCUCAUGUAUUUCUCUUUCUGGCAAUUUGCUUGUCACUACAAUUAACUGGGAGCAAGGUUAUAUAACACUAAGACUAAAUAAUACAGGCAAAAGAAGUUUUUGGUUACCGCUAAGUACCUUUGUUAUAUUGGAACAAUUUUUGCUUGCCCCUUUUCAGACGUGGAAAUUAAGCAUUUAACUCUAUUAUUUAUUCAUGUUCGGAUCCUAAUCACAUGUGUAAAGGACCGUUUUUUGUUUGGAUGGAAGCGAAAUUCGGUUAACUGUACAUGUACAGUUACAUAGAGACGUGUUUUUACGUUCAGUUCUAGAAUGACAUUUAAUUUUAAAUCAACACGAUUUUAAGACAGCAUGAAAAUGCCUUUUUGAUGCACCUGAUACAGUUAUUUUGUAUACUUUUAGCUUGCUUCUCGGGCUUCACCUUAAGACUGCCUAUAGGUAACCGGUUAUGCCCUGCUUAUUUAACUUUCCAGUAUAACACAAGAACGUGCUUUUUUGUUUCAACUUACACAGUCACAAAUUCAGUUUCGGUGACAUUCGUGCGCCACCGUAUUUAGUGGAUGCGUUUCGUGGAGGGCAAACUAUUGCUCUAAGUAGAUCAGUUAUUUUCUUCCAACCGGUACACUCCACCAAAAAGAAAAAAACUAAGCAUACUGCAAAUGAUAAUAAACAAAUUAAAACCUCCAUUAUGUCGGUGUCUUCAAAUAGGGUUUGACGUUUUGAGAUACACGACCCUACAGACUACCUUGACUCCAGUUACGACGCUGAGUUUUGCGGGGUUGCGUGACGUAUGGCGUCAGACUUACCAACGAAAUGUUAAUCAUACCAACAUUUAAUAACCUGUCUAUUUGAACGAUGGGUAUGAGCCGACCGCUUAUUGUCACAUUAAUUCGCUGAGUUUGCCCAUGUCGUUGUAAACUAUAAAAGCGUCUCUAUGUAUAAUGCCCAGGACUACGAGGGCGUUCGAAUAAUUUUUUAUUGAAAAUAUUGCGAAGACGACAUUUGGGGUAAGGCUGAGACUCCAACAGCAUUCGGCAUUCGGUUAGGCUGCAGUUUAGGUGCCUGUAAAGAUCCACUACGAAAAAGAUGUUGAAUUACUUAGUAUAAACAUUUCCCAUUUAUCUUCGAUGCUCUAAUUAGACCAAGAGUAUGUGAACAAGAGUGCUGAACAAAAAUUAUAUUUUCUGUAUUUUUGGGUUACGUAGCUAUUGGAUUUUUCCUAACAUUUGUAAGACUGUUUCACGGCCAUUAUCCUUCUGUUUAUUAACAUUGUCUACGAAGUACAGAGCGUAAACUACAUAUAUAAGCGUCUAGGGGUUCCCUCACAUCACUAAGUGGAUAUCGUAAAUUUGCAUUGGCGAUACCUCAAAAUCUAAGCCGAGUAGAUGUGAAAACGCCCGUUGCGAUUCAAAUCAAGCGCAAAAUAGUAAACUAAAAUUUAAAAUACCUAAUCUUUUAGGUUUAAAACACGUGGCUGACACAAUGUCCUGUAGUGCAGGUCUUAUUAAUUACUCCUUCAAUAAGCUUUGACUGGAUUUGCAUAGGAAACAAAAUAUCAACAUGAAGAUGUACAUUACGUACGCAGAAAUAUACACGGGUCUUUAGAGAUGUAAUCAUUCGAAGCCGCCGUGCUGCUGUCUAGGUUAUGUAUUGAGUUAAUUUUCCUCGAUGAGUGGUUUCUCAGUAUUGUCUUGGCAUUUUAUGCAAAAUUGGACCGUAUCAAAGUUCUUCGCACCCCUUCUUGAGAUAAAUCGAGAACCGUUUUUCCAUUUGUGGAUGCGCUAUUUCAUUAGAUAGUUAAGAUAAUGUUCCUUACGAGAAGAAAUAUUUUGGUACAUGCACCUUCCAUUUUGCUAAUUUACUUGUUAGACAAAAUCAAGAUAGAAGAUGAAGAUGCGAUCACUGGGACAAGAAGUUUAUUUGCCUGACGUUUCGGAUUCUCACUCGAGUCCAUUAUCAGAGACAUUCGCAGAUAGAGGUGAAGGUGGCACCAGGAGUGCAGUAUUUAUAGCACGUGGCUGCCGUGGGACCGUAUGCGCACUGCAAUUAACAGUUCUCACAAUCGCCGCUGGGGUCGUAAUUGAUGCGGCGGUGGCUUGGCGGUCCGAGUCCGAGUUGUUAAUUGCCGCGAUUUCGUCAUCCGUGCUCGAUGCUGGUGUGACGAUUGCUCGGCAAACUGGCUCACUGUCACCGUGAUAAUUGCUCACCCGCGCCCUCCCCACGUGACUGAUUCUCCUGCCCAGGGAAAAUCGCAAUACGGAAUAGGCCACCGGGAGGUCAUUGUGUUUGUUGAUGGAUUGCGGGCCUGAGAACCAUGAGGCCAAAAGACCCGCUGCCACGGCAGGAAACGUCUGGAGUCGUUUACCGGAUCUGGUGUAGUUGCGGACAAAGCAAUUAUGUCGGAGAAACUGGGAGAUUACUCCGUACGCGACUUGCCGAGCACGCAGCAGCAGUGAGGCGGGGAGACGCUAACUCUCAGGUGGCGGCACACUCGACGGGACCCGGCCAUAAUUUCAAAUUUCAAGAGGCCGAAAUCCUCGCAAGGGGUGACAACCGCGUGACCCGCGAGCUGCUCGAGUCAUGGUUCUCAGGCCCGCAAGCCAUCAACAAACAUAAUGACCUCCCGGUGGCCUAUUCCGUAUUGCGAUUUUCCCUGGGCAGGAGAAUCAGUCACGUGGGGAGGGCGCGGGUGAGCAAUUAUCACGGUGACAGUGAGCCAGUUUGCCGAGCAAUCGUCACACCAGCAUCGAGCACGGAUGACGAAAUCGCGGCAAUUAACAACUCGGACUCGGACCGCCAAGCCACCGCCGCAUCAAUUACGACCCCAGCGGCGAUUGUGAGAACUGUUAAUUGCAGUGCGCAUACGGUCCCACGGCAGCCACGUGCUAUAAAUACUGCACUCCUGGUGCCACCUUCACCUCUAUCUGCGAAUGUCUCUGAUAAUGGACUCGAGUGAGAAUCCGAAACGUCAGGCAAAUAAACUUCUUGUCCCAGUGAUCGCAUCGUCAUCUUCUGAACUGCUACCUGGGACUCGCCUGUUCGCUUCUAUCAAAAAUCAAGAUAAACAAAUUUUUCCUUUCCCUAAACGUUUAUUGAAAUUUUUGAGACUAAAUGCUUAUCUACCACAAAUUAAAAUAUUGGUCGGUCUAUGAAAAUGAGUUCAUGUCUCAUGAAACAUCUGUUAUGGACUUUUGUUGGAAUUUCACGUUUUUCAAAAUUCAUCUAAAAACAUAAGCGUAGAUCUGAAAAAUGUCUGUUCAGAAAUGCAAAAAACAUAUUAAAAACCGUUACAUUAAGUAGAAGUGUUUUAUGCGAGACUGAAGCAAGAUUAGCUUGUUUCAAAAACUUAAUUCCGUUUCUGCGCGUUUUUAAAUGAUAUACUAAGUAAUUUAGGUAGCUUGUCAUAAAUAGGAAGAAUUAUCUUUAAGGUUGAUGGGUGUGAUUUUCCGCGAAUAACCUUUAAAUAAUGCAUCAUUAUGGGGAAUCCGCCGAAAUUUUGCGUUUUCGGGCGAUACCCACUUAGCACUAAACUUGGUUAUUUAAUUGUUAAAGUGCUCGCUGUUUAAAAAUAUUCAAAUAGAUAAAAGCAUCCAUGAAUCGUUUCUUUAUAAGGCAUAAUCAACUCUGUAAAACUGGAUUUGAAACCUUUACUCCAGAAAGACGGGGUCAUUGUUGAAACGGAAUGGAGUUGUCCUUUUAUCAAAAAUUGUCUCACGUUUUGCGUGGUUUUAGAUGAAAUAUGAAGAAUUCCACGCAGUUUCCCAUAAAUACAAAAGAUCGUUUUAAAAUAGGCUUGGAAUCGAGUAUGCUAGAGGAAACCAUUUCAGAAAAACAUGUUUUCAUCACGAAAGUUACUAAGUGCUUGCGUGUUUGAACAUUUAACCCCUCCAAUACUACGUUUAAUCAAGAAAUGGCUAUGUUUUAUAAUUUGGUUUGCACGGACCAUCUGCUGUUAUCUUCGUUUUGAGAUGUCCGAUCUCUUUGCAGCGAGUCAGAGAUAAUAGCAAGGUUGAAUUUUAACUCCAGUUUAAAUGGCCCGCUUGAGUAAUUUUGCAGUCAGCCCUGCGAAUGCUUCCCAAAAAGUGAGCAGGUUGGUAGUGUAAUUUUGAAAUGUCCAAUGAGUAUGGGAGAGCCUCUUUAUGGCAACACAUUUGACCAUUGUUGUUUGCUCCAGAAGAAAUAGCCAGUGAAUUGUUUGAGGGUUUUAACAAAAGCAAAAACCGUGACUGUGUUUAUAGCACAAACGCAUGGACCCCAACUAUAUUUAGAAGCAAUUUUUAGUAAAUUAAAUAAAAUGGAAACAUGUUCCGCAAAGGCCUUUUGUAUAAAUCAGUUACAUUUGUAAAAACAUCAAUAUGUCAGUACGAAAUGUGAGUUCAACUCGCAGUUUACCGGACGACUGCUAGGAUACAAAUCCCAAGGCGUCUACUUUGGCUUGUUGCAAACAGGACAUUGUUUCACAACCAACCUAAAGAACACGUUCCUUUCAAGGAGCAUCAAAACACUUCGGACAGUGUGCUAAUGUUUUGACUCGUGCAAGUAUUUCCGUUGUGAUUCUUUGACUGAAAAGGCUUCUUACCUCCGCAACUUACAAGUCAGAUUUUAUUCAUGAUUGUGCUAAAACAUUCCGUGCCAAAUAUAAUUUUUUUCAGGAUGAGGUUUAAUGGUUUUGUCCAAUUUUGAUGACGCAUAAGAAUGCGUUUCACGUCGUAGGUCAACAUAAAAGGGACCGUUUAAGUAGGAAUCUCCUUUAAACGAGAAGGUUCAUCCUCACAAAUAAAAAACUGUUUAUCCUUUUUGAGUGAUAUUUACUUCAAUACCGCCAAAAUCGUUCGAAUUUCUAGUCGUUUAUUUAUACGUCCAAAUACUCUAUGGCAUAUAAGCUUGGACAAAAACAAAAAAAGGCGAUAUUUUCUUAGUUUGGUGCAGGUUUUGUUACAUUUUUCAGUUUUUUGUAUUAGUGACUAGCUUCUGCAAUUCGUACAUGCCCGACAAAAUUACCUGCUAGCAUUUUUUCUAUUUUAUAAAAUAUCGGUAGAAAAUGCGAAAAAUAGAAAGACGAAUGCUACCUUACUUUCCCUUUUGAAAUAACUGAAAGUCUGGAAGCACGAAAAUAAAAACAAUUUUAUUUAAAAAGUAGUCACGAUGGUCGGCCGUCUGACUGCGCAUUCUCCCUGAAACAAACUUGAGAAACGGACGGGAAAAAGUCAAUUUUAUUUCGCGAAGUUUCUUGCGUUCUGUCAGUUCUUUGAGCGAACGCCAAGGAGUAUUAUCAAACUAUCAAUUUGCGUUACAUGAAAUUACCCUUAUGUGCACUAAAUCAGAAAGUUGUUUUUCUCAGUAAUUGGUCAAAUAGCUUUCAUAUGAAUUCGACCCACUUUACUGCACAGUUAAGUGGUUUGGUUCCAAACCUAUUAAUGGGAAUAAUCUUAGCUUUGGCGUCCUUUAAUAUACCCAACCAUUAGAGAUUUCGUGAUCUUGAGUUUGUAAGUGAGUCUCUGUUUUUCGAAAUAGUUAGCAAAACGCUGCGUUGUUUUGAAUGUACGUUUGAUAAUGUGCACUUUUGCACUAUAAAGGAAGUCCAAUAAUUAAGUAUUUUCCCACUUAUGUUAUAUUUCCUCGCACAGUGAAUGCAAUACACACAUGAUUGUUCUGACAAACGCACUGCUUAUCUUUUGUCAUAUGUCCUUGCUAGACUUAUUGGAUAUGUUACAACUUUAAUUGCCAAGUUCGAUUUCGUUGAGCUCCUAAAAGUAGUCAUAAAGUCGCAGAAUAAGCCUUAUCAGUUUGCUUGAUUUCUACCAUCAGAAUUUAAUUUUAAUGUUCAACCAAACCGUGUUGAUUUCAUUUCUCAAGGGACCCCGUUGUACAAAGUGUGAUUCUUCAAUUAGCAUCAACAUAUGGUGGAGGAUUGGUGUACGUUUAGAUAAGUUUAUAGUUUUUAAGCAUUUUAUUUACUGGAAUUUUCUAUAAAAAUUUAGAUAGGAUCCAAACCGAAAUAAUUAGAAUCUUGGUUAAUAAUAUUUCAAAAUACCUACAGGUUCCACCUGCGAAUAAACAGUCAGUAUACGGACUCCGCUGGCAGAUAUUCGGUCAAAUAUGCAACCAGUUUAUGUUGAAAUAGCUAUGGUUCACGAAGUAUAGCAAGGUACACAAAGGCAUAUUCAUAAAUGCAAUGUCAUUUCUAUUAGGUCAGGUGGGUUUUGCCUUCAAGUUCUGCAGAACAAAGUGCAUAAAAAAGUACUUUGGGGAUUAUAACCAUAUGCCGAAUUUACUGAAUUCUUUAGCUUUGACGAGUUACCAUGCACCUGAAUCCAGAAUUGUUUUAUUGCACUUAUUUACUUUGGUUAUCAUUGUCUUGACUGGCCAUUCCGUAACUGCAUGCACAGGUGACGAAAAACCGACAAGGAGAUUUACCGAUCAAAUUCUAAUCUGGUCUGCUAGACGCUUUUAGUCAUUGAUUAUUUGAAUCUGACUCUUACGCAACAGAGUUAAACGCGCCUUUGAUGAACUAGCUACUCUUUUCAUAUUUGGAUCGGGCAGUACAACCAAUGUUCCGCACUUUAUUUUUUACACACUAGCCCCAAUUAACUUUUUAAUAAUGGAGCAUUGAAAUGUUCCUAAAUUGGGAAUUUUGAUCUAAAGGGAGAAUGGUCCUCAGAAGUUAGCAGUCCACAUGCUUGCAUUUAUUCUAAGGACGACAAUUCUCCUUUCAAAGCACGACGGAUGUGGGCACAUAAACAUCAGCUAUGACUAUCGCCACAAUGACUGUGGACGCUUUUACAUCCCUGUUAAUCGUACUUCAUAAGAAUUAUCUAGCAGUGGUUGAAGCUGUCGUGUCUGCGGCGUCGUUAAACAUUAAUAAUCCGUGUAAUUUUACGUCCUCGGUUGAUUGAAAGUAGAAAAGCUGCUCCUGUGUUAAUUAUUAAUGAAAUUAAAAUCUAAGGCCAAAUCUAAAGGCCAACAACCAAAUCGGUUUGUUAAACGGAAAGUUACGCCUCGGACUAGUAUGGACGAUAAGUAACUGUAGGCAUCCAAAAUAAAUCUUCUUUCUAGGCGAAAAUAGACUUUUACGAUCUAGCCUCACGAUAUGGCCUAUAUACAACCUGCCCUUUCACUUGUUUUACGUCCCCUAAUGCAUUUGUUAGAUUUCGACAAUCAUGUUUCAGAAGUCUCGCUGAGUCUAUGGACAUUAUGUCCCAAGUUUACGGUGCCCUCCCGGACAUUAAUCAAAUUGGCAUUAUGGCUGUUCUCGACCUGCAUUUAAUAGCAUAUUCCACAAUGCUCAAUGUUCUAUAAGGGUGAAAAAGACUACGGUGGCUAAGCGUGCUGUAAUCACUGAGAACGAGAUUUCACUGAUGAUCGUGGUCCCCUCCCAUGCAAUCUAGACCAGUCUCGUCAACUCUUAACUGUGAUCAAAUUUCACUCACAAUGCCAUAUGAAAGUCUGGUCAUCAUUCGCAGAGGUCAACGCAUCCAUCUUCUUUGAUUGCCCUGGGCUGUUCUUUGAGCAAUCCAUUAGGUUUAUAAAUGCGGUUGAACAGUAGGUAAUCGCACUUACGCUGUCGGUCGCUUCUGCACGUCUCGCCAUAUUCACUUUGUUCAGGAGUCUUAUAAGGCGUAGCUUUUAGUCCAUGUUGUAUCUCUGUUAAAAUAUAACGUAUUCACAAGUUCUUCUUAUUCACAUUUGAAUAUGGUAGAGUGAAGAAGAUGAUUUUGGAAAUGAAUAAGGCUCCUGGACCCCCGAUAAUGCAAGUCAUUUUUUGUUAAUGUUUAGCUGAUGUUCUCAUAAUGGCAAAAAUUGCUUUCCAAAGAAAAUAACGAGCAAAGUACCGAAACUGUGUAGGAAAAUAUGAUGUACACCUUGUCUUAAAAAUUCAAUAAGGACUAAGUAAAUCCGCAUUCCCGUCGUAUUCAACAUCCCCAAUGAACUCCCUAAUCCACAGGCUAAACGCCGAGUCUAUUUUAAACAACCAGUGUUAUUUGAGUGGACGGAAGUAAAGCUCCACAUAUGUGUGCAAUCAACAAUCCCUAUUUAUUAAGUUCUCUCUGUUAAGAACGUUUCCCGUUAGAAAAAACAUAUUUGCCCAAUCAGGUUCCUUCUGAUUUACGGUAGGAUCGUUCACCAAUAGGUAACAUCGCUUUCAAGUUAUUUGCUUACCCGUAACACCAUUUCGUCCACACGCAUUUUUAAAAUUAAUUGUUACUAACAUAGCAAUGCGCUGUGUAAAGGGGAUUUUUAAAUAAUCCUUUCAUUUUUGUGUGAGGCUGGCUGCACACCAUUUAAAUACUGGGUAAAAAACAGGGUGCAAUUUGAAAUAAUGUAUUUCAAACGUCAGCAAAAAUGUAACUCGCUAUCACAAUCGAAUUUAGUCCUUAUGUUUGUAGGUCGGUAGCACAAUGCUCAGAAUCAUUUUCGUUCAAAAGGAGUGCGUUAGCGUUAUUUUCUAGGGAAAUUAAUUUAAUCGCGCCCGAUAUUAAAAAGCAGCCUAAAUUUUAAAACUCUACAGGUCCAUCAGAAUAAUUCCCGUUCUCAACGGUCUUUUGAGAGCCAAACGCGCGCCUGAAAUGUAAGUCACUGAAGCUUGCUGUUUUUGUUUUUCAAUAUCAACACUGCGGUUUAGGGAAUGGUCCACGGCACAGACUAACCCCAACUCGACUAGAAUAUGAAAAGUUUAAAGGCUACUAAAUAAAUUGCGUUUAUAUUCAAUCAUAACUUUUUAUCCCAAAAUGCAUAAGUGGGAUCCUGAAACGCUGAAAGAAACAUUGGACUUUUAAAAACAGAUAAUGCACGAUUUUGUGUGCUCAAUAAAAAGCUCCAGCUUUCUCCAAUUAUCGUCAUUUUCACUCGUGUUAUUUUCUGUGCUCGGCACUUCUUGCUUAUAUUCACGUGAUAUUUGACAGUAAAACCAACGUCUUCAAAACUUGUAAGAUGAAAAUCAGCUCUGUAAUACUUGGAGAUUGUCAUUCUUAUUUUCCAACAACUUUUCCACAAAUCCGUCGCAUCCACAAGAGCAACGUCUCCACUCGGUGCUUUUACUUAUGGAAUUUUUAAAUGAACUUAGUUGAAAAAUCCUGUCAUUACCCCAUGCUUUAUGAAGACGAAUUAUCGGGUCACCAAGAUUGGAUGUGACACCGGUCUGAGUCAUAGAACUAAAUGACGGAGGCACAAGGAAAGUACUAAAGGUUCUUCCUUAAGCAACAUGCGGGCAGAAGGUGAUAAUGCGCAUUUUAUCCCAAACAAAUUUUUCCCAGUUCCUAGCGUAUGCAUGCCGACUUGGGAUAAAUGGUAUCCAUUCAUUACUGCAACUGGUGCUCACGUAGGCGUGUGGGGGCGGAUUUUCCAGUCUGAUCGCAAGAUACUGCAUUACCGGUGCCACACAGAAUCUUAUAGACGACUUAUUUUUGAUGUAAAUAGCCAAAUCUAUCCCUAGGGGUACUAGCAGUUUGCUUAAUGAAGUUGUCGGUUUUUGUGUCUCGUCAGUCUGGAAAAUCCGCCACCCGCAAGCCUACUUGAGCACCGAUUGCAGUAGGGAGGCGAGACCACUUAUCUCAAGUCGCCAUGCAUAUGCUAGAAACUGAAAACAAAUUCGUUUGGGAUAAAGCACGCAUUAACGGGUUCUGCCCGUAUAAGAAAGGCCGAAAAUCCCUAGAGGCCAUUCAGUCUGAUGGCUCAUGGAUUAAUCGGUGCAUCGAUCUGAAUGCCAUGUACACAAAUCUAAAAGAAAAGUGGGAAAGGUGAUAGCCAAUCAAGACGUGAUGUCUGCACACAGCAUCGACCCAUUGGCAGCGCUGACAAAGCGAUAUCGACUUUUCUGACAAGUCAAAAUUUCAAUUGCUUUUGCGUUUUCUACGCGUCAGAGGACAGCCUAGGGAGCCUGGGUCGAAAACUCACGAAAUAAAGUUUGUUCAAAUUCCCAAGUGACUUAUUUUUGUUUGAAAUAUAUUUCUUGGUAUGCCCUUCUUCUACCAUCUUCCUAUACCAUUAUCUUUUAAAAGAAAUGCGGACUUGGAAUAGGAGAGGUAAACUUAACAACCUAUUCACAUUACUAAUAAAAUACGUCAAAGGACGAAAAUACACACAGGCUCGAAAAUAAGUAGAAGAAACUUUCCCCGAGUAGAGGCAUUUGCCAGUGAACUGACGACUCAAGAAGCGAGUUCGCUCAUUCACUUUCAAAAAAAAGAUUAUCUGGCCUACCUCUCAGUACCUGGCACGUAGGUUGCAUGUAAAUUUUGUCUAGAGCGUGAAUGACCACCUGCUGAUGGAAAACGGACUCCUGUCUGACCAACGCAUAUGUUGUCCCCCUCCACGUUCACCGAAACGAUAACUGGUGACUUACACAGCGUCACACAGACUACUCCUUUUUAAAUAUGUAAACAAUCUGCAUUAGGGCGCAAGCAGGUUUGUACGGCGGUUAACUGUGCAGCCACUGGACACCCAGGCUUCUGAUAUCUGCCUUGACAUGUAAUCGUCAUCUGAACUCAAAAGCGUUGACAUGUUCUCAAUCAGCGUGAAAUAUGCUCCUACUUCUGAUGUUCCUGGAGGUGCAUUCGUGACUCCCGGAUGGUUUAUCAGAUGCAAUUACUCCCCUUCAACGAUGCACUAAGAUCGGCAUACAACAGCCGAAUUACCUUUAUUAGGAAUGACAGGCUACAGUCACCUCACCUACCACUGACGUGACGCUAAUUAUCCAAUAAGGGACGUGGAGACGUCUUUCGCCCAGGAGAUCCUGGCUGGUAGUUAUUUCAGUCCGGUUCAUCUUGGCACCGGUUUGCUUCAUUGGAUGCACGUACAUAUUCGUUGGCGUUUAUGGCUUCUCGUAGGCGCUUCAUCUCAUCUCGUUUGGCGACUGCCGUACUGUACUGAUUUUUUGGUCGUUAGUAUAACGGGCAUUCACAGUAUAGUUAUUGUCCCAGUCGAUGAGUCCUGUUGAAACUCAAUAUAUGCUGUGUGCCAAGUCGUUUCCAGUCACUGCAGUGUUCAAACAACUGCUGAGAUGACCUCAGGCUGGAACAACUAAGAACGCGACGUCGUCACUCAUUUCCAUUCCGAACUUUUAUUGUAGAUCGGGGAAAAUAAACUUCGGCUAUUCAUUACGGCAUUCAGCCAUGUCCCAGUCAGCAGAGUGAAAGUCAUCGUCAGUGUAAUGUGCCCAGAUUCUGAGUUCGCAUGUUCUGAAUGUCCGUCUAUCGAGACUUCUGGGGACGGCUUCAUGAAAAGGCUUAGAGAUGGGUAAAUGAGGCAAUAGAUUUGCUAAUAUUUGGAUCCACUAAAAGAAAAGAAUGUUUCGGCGCAGUAUCUCAUGAAUUCUGGGAAAUUCUGAAAAAACAGUCCUCCUCACUGGUCUGUUUAACACCUGCAGUUAGUGGCAGUGACUUACGCGUUUGGUACGAUGCACAUGCAGCCACUGCGCUCCAUAUUCGUAUACGUGUAGAGGACUCUUCAGUUUUUGGAGAGGGAUAUCCAAAGUCGCUGCAUAAGCUUUAUCACGUGACUACCGAGAAGCGGUCUUCUCUCGGGGCGAGUGACUGGCCGCAGGUUCUCUCACAUGCCCGAGGAACGCCCUCAUCUCUUUGAACUCUAGCCGUUUUGGAUCCGAUGGUGAAAGCAAUUUCCACUACACUGUUACGAAUGAAUUUUAAUUAUAACAAUAUUAUUCUAGUAAAAAUCACAGAAAUCUUGUGCCCCUUAUGCUUCUAAUUAUGUUACAUCACGACUUGGGCAGGGAAUACCAACAACAAAAUCUGAAUUUUUUCAUUCCUUUUGUAAAUGCCCUUGGACAAAUGUAACUUUUUGUUCAUCUUCUUGUUUACGCCUUCAGAGUGAGGAUUCUAAUAAAAACCGUUGUUGACACGUUUGUACUCGAUCCACGAGACGGACGGUGAGUUUUUGACUGCAUUUUGUUAGACACUUCAAACCUAAAAUAUGACCUAAUGCGGAAAGUGGAGAGUUAAGGUACCUAAGUGUAACCUAGCCUGUUUUCGCCUACAGUCACAAAAGCAUGAGUCUAGGGUUCGACUGACAAAUCUUCUGGUCAAGCAAACAUAUUUUACCUAUCUUGGAUGAGGCAUUGAUGACUAAAACCACAAGAAAGUGAAAUGUAAGUUGCCGCGGAAAAGCUUUACUGCUUGAAGAGCUAUGCUUAACGCACUUCCUCCUCAACCAAUCAAGUUCAAGUCAUUCUAUUCGUAGUUCAAGUCAGUAGUUUAAGUCUUUUUAAUUACGAAUUUAAAUAUAUUUGCUAAUCAUUUACUCAUUUAUCAUCUCCACGCUGAAUGUCCUGUACUUCAAUGCUUGGGAUCUAACAAGAAUGCAGACACAUGGAAUUAUUGAUGUUAUUUGCCGAUCUGAUCAUUCCCACAAGAGCCAAAGGCCAGCGUCCUUUUAGUUAAUAUAAAAGGGCCGUUGGUUAAUGUCAUAUAGGUGCUUUUGACGUAAAAAAUAAUACUAAGCAGUUAAUUGGGCUUUUGAGUCCGGUCCUGAACCAUCUGAGACUGUAGCACAGCAAUGAGGAGUUACUAGCUACAACCAGAAAGGCGUUUCCAUUUAACAUACCUCUGUAAUUGUGCAGAGAGUUCAUAACAGAACCUAUAGGCUAGUCGGAAACCUCUGAAUGAAAAUAAACGAAUACUGCAGGUGCAUUGUCUUAAGCCAUGUUCCAAUCUCUGGUGGGAUGGAUCAAUCUUUGACAUAAGCCCUUAAAAAUUCCAUUUAAACGGUACAGAUGUACAUGAAAAACCACGAAGUUGAAAGUAUUUUACACGUAAUUGCAGUAUGCAAACUGCAUAAAACCGAUAGUGAAACAGGAAUACUGAAAAGACCCUGAAUUCGCAAAAUAUAAGCAAAACGAACAUUUACAGCACUUGCUAUAUUUUUAGCAGUGUUUGAGUUAAUUUAAAAAAACAAAUCAUUGAGGAAAAAAGUAGCGUGGUUAAUUAGAUGGGAUGGAUGGAAUCCCAGGCGGCCUUUAGCAGGCGAGUAUUUAAGCCCCUCUUGAACACACUCACGGUGGGGACUGCACGACAUGCGUCGACAGAUACUUCCAUUGAUUAAUGACUGCAAGAAAAAUGAGGGAAGAUAAUUGGCGAGAUGCAGUCCCUUUUUAAGCUAGCAUUCACAUCAACUUGUAAUUCAUCUUCGAUGCCAUUUCAGAAAGAUUUUCUGAGUUUACAUUAAUGCCAAGCCUCCUUAGCGGGUGGGAUGUUAUUAUAAGGUCAUAUCUACUCUAUCUAUAGCGGAGGAUUUAAGUUUCAAGACGGCCAUGCGGUCUUAGUAAGUCAGAUGUCUGAUUUCAGCAACAACCUUUUUCAUGCACCGCUGUACAACUUCCGGAGCCAUGGACUUGCGGUUUUAAUUCUGUGUCAUUUACAGUGCAGAUAAACAACGUGAUCGUGCUUUCGUAACUUCGAUUGCAAAUAUUCAGUCAUAUAGAUGUGGCGUUCACCCGGUUUGUCGGAAUAACGACCUUCCUUUAGUUCCUGGAAGCCAGUUCUGGAGAUCUCGCACGCGCUUGUAUAAUGACGAACAGAUGGUUUCUGGAAAUAACUGUCGACAAAGACAGUAGAGGCUGUCAUGGCCAUCUUGAAGCAAAUUAAAUCCUUUGUCAGUCUUGGCCAACUCAAGUCGCAAAAGCUCAUUUUUAUCAUUGAUAUCUCUUGAUCUUCGUCUUUCCGUCACCAUACGACCGUCUUCUAGGUCUGUAAACUGGAACCCCAGAAUUAAAAGCAUCGGUCUUUUGCCGUCCUACAGUUCAUUUGAGAGCUGCAUUUACUUGAAAAUGCGUACUCCCUGUAAUCAACAAAAAUAGUAAAUAGAGGAUGAAAGGAACCAAAGGUGUUUCUAUCGGGGACAACAUGCUUUCGGUGACACUUCAGUCAGUCUUCAAAGGCACACGUGACGCAGGUUACUAAUUACCAUUUCAGUCCGGUUAUAUUCGAAAGUAGACGCAUGUCUGAUCGUUUAUAUACUCGUGAUCAGCAUUUAAAAAUAGAGAAAUGCCGCAUACUCCCUUCUCUUUGCAAGGGAUGGUAGCAUGGGGUUAUUGUAUAGGAUAGUAAGAUGGGGUUUGAGCGCUGUGCUCCUUUUUAUUAUGUUAAACGUAAUUCCUUCGCUGGUGAGGGAUUCCCUCCCGACUGAUAUUAGUAAAACCAAUUUUGUUUCUUAUUUUUUUACAGGGAAACGUUGCUGGAGGAAAUAAAAGUACAAAACCAGAAGACUGACCAACCCGCGGCUAGUGGCAAUAGAUUGUGAGUUUCCAGAAAAUUAAAAUGAAGCUACAAUCUAUAUCCUAUGUACUCAUAAUGGCAAACGAAUUAUCAACAAAGUAAUUCUCCUUAUUAUUAAGGGAGCAGUUUAUGUAAAGAAGCAUGAUUAUGGAGAAGGCUAUAGAAUUCUUAGAUGCACCGGUUUAUAACAUGCAUCUUACGCAAUUAAAACCUAGUUUCAGGUGGUGAGGCUCGGAAAAGCGGCCUUAUUUGGCCAACGAUUGUACUACCUUGCUACUGUUAGUAAUUUCAGUAGGCGUGACACAGUUAGCACACCUAGGUUUAGGAUUAGGUUUAGGGGGUAGGAGUUAGGCGACGAAGGUUAGGAUUAAGGUUCGGGUUAUUAUUAGAGUUUGGGCAAAGGCUAACUUUUAGUGUUCAGUUUGGAGUCAACUUGAUUGUUUACGGUAACAAUCAGGGACAGCCUCGUCAAUUCCGUUUUACCGUUAGGAUUUAUGCUUACUUUUUAAGUUAAGCUUAGUGCUCGGUUUACGAGGUUUUCAACUGGUCUCCCUUUUCAAUUUUUGGAGAAACGGUUUGCUGCCAAUUUUGCACCCACUUCGAAAAACUUUAGUCUAAGGCUUCCAUCUGAUAGGUCACCUGCUUGGGCGGUUCAGUUUCGGUGACUGACGGGUCAGUCACCAUUAUUUCUACCGGAGUCGGUUUUAUUGGUUACGUAUGACGAAUUUUUGUAGUGCUCGCUUUUUACACUAAGAUUUUAUUAUCCGUUAAAACAAACCCAUUAAAACACUCGUUUUUCUCUUCGUUUUCGCACAUCUUUUGGUGUCUUUCCGUAGCCCCAUCCAUAACGCCCCUAUUAACACGGUUCCUGUAUAGGAUGCGCAUGGGCUUUUCCUUUUCCCGGUGCUGCCAUGUUUCCGAGCCUUGCUGCGCAGGUUUAUAUAAGCUUUAAAUUUAGAAAACAAACGACACCUCUUGAUUUCUGACUAACUGUGCUGAUACGUGAAAAGUAUACACCUAUGGUUAUACUAUCUGGCUAAGUAAACGAGGAAUUUGAUGUCUACUGCCAAAGUAUUGCAGCCAUUCUAAGCAGAUUGUCUGGAAACUAGUACAAAGAAUACAAGCAAAAAUUAAAAUUACCAGAAGGUCACAACAAUUUCCAGACUGAUAUCUCCAAUUUCCUAUUUCAGUUCCCCAGAAACCAUCGAAGACAUGCUGGAGGGCUUAUUUGGUGCAACAACAGCUGGGUAGGUUGCAUUUCCUUCACUGUUUUCUCCGCAAGGUGUACUAAUGACCUAUAACCUAGGCAUCAGCGCAAAAAGAAGGUUGCUCUUAGGGAUUAGACAUCACUUUUUCUUCGUCUUCCUCAUAAUUGUUCUGUUAUUUUUCCCACGAGGUGGCAUAGCGCAAAGAAACCUCUACAUCCUAUUUUUGCAGAAUCCACAGCAUUUCGAUUUUAGGGUCAGCUUCCAACUUUUAAUACCUUAUCCAUCUAGAGAAAAUGCAUGCAAACGUGGAGAAAAACACUCAUUUUAAUGCAAGUUGUUGCUAAUGUGCCUUUUUACGAGAACCUUCACUAUCUUCUAUUUGUCUAGGUACUCUUCGGCUGUAAAACUCAUGCAAUUGUUUUCUGACAAAUGGAAACUGAUGCAGAUGUAAGUGUCUAAUUUUGCUUGUCACGGUUCAUGGAAACUUCCUGGAAGGCUAAAUUAUACACAUAUACGGCGGUCCUCAUGCUCUCCGGUAAAUAAUCCCGAAACUCCUGUUAUGAAGUUCUGUAAAGUCUGUUUGUGAAAGGAAGGGAGUUCCGUCGAAGGUGCACAAAAAAGUGACCCUACUGUUGGGAGUUUGGGACUGUAAAUGCCCUCGAUUUUAUCUUUUUAACCUCUUGGUUUUGCUCAACUGUUGAGCUCGGUCCUUUUCUUUCUGGGAUGUAAAUAUAUCCUAGAGCUCCUGGCCGGCCUCACAUAGCAUUACUUUAAAGUAUAUAACAAUCAUCAGGACAGGAGCAAUUUUAGAUUUAAACAUAAAUCGGCCGUUCGUGCAGUAAGUAAAUGUUUUGAAUUUGAUGCAUGGACGCUGUUUAGGUGAUAUUUAAAGUCGACAUCAAGGACUGCGCUUGCCAAAAUUGCCCCGAACUACUUUUUACGGUAUUUGUUGUGUUAAGCAACUCUAGUCUUGUGCCGUCCAUGUCUUCUAAAUGCCGGUUUCCAAAGAAACAUGCUAGCAAAAUGUCCCCUUACGUUGACACUAAUGAUGUUAUCCUAUUCAUGCUCGCGUGGAGCAAAAUGGGUUCUUUCUGUGUAAACCAAGCUCUGUACACCAGUCAAGGCGAUCACAGUAAGAUAGCCACGCAGUAAUGAAAAACCGAAUGUAUUGAAUUCACGUAUGCGCUACUUUGUGCCCAAAACGAAUGCGUGCCGCUUGUAAGCCCAAACAAGUUUAAAAGAGCCCGUCCUUUUAAAAAUGUACGGUGUGUCAUCACUUUUAGCCUAGUUGAUAAACAUUUCAGGAAUAAGAUACCAAUUUUGUUCAUCCAUACCGAGGUUAAGCAGACCAUUGCGUGACAUAUUUAAUUUAAAUUUUGCUCAUUAUACGCAUGAUAUUAGCAUUCUCAAGACAGUUUGUAAUUCAAAAAUCAACGAAUAUUGCAACUAUGCAUACCGUAGGAUUACUAUCUUGGUCCUGACAGGAAAGGUUUAUAGCUGUCCUUGAAGUUGAUAUCUAGGUCCCUUAAAUCCGGCUCCAUGAUGUCCCUAAAUUCAGACUUCUCUCCUGAUUUUAUCCACCUGACAAUAUACCAUUUUUUGAUUAUAGAGUUAGGCUUGCGAUGGUUGGCAUUCGGGUCAAUCAGAUGCUGGACCUGCCCUCCGAAGGGUAAGUGCUUUUUGAUGGAGAACAGCCGAUGGUGUGAUGCACCUGAUGCUUGUAUUUGAUGUUUAUGUGGAUGUUUAGGCCCACUACAACUACCCGCAACUGGCGCUGCUAAUUUUAUAUUGGCGUAAUCAAAGGCACUUGUCGGCCUUUCUGACAGGAGCAAGGAAGCCAUUAAGGAUAGCAUUGCUUAUUUCCUUGCGUGUGCUGAGCAGUCUUUAACUCAAAAAUAAACAGAGUUUUUAGCCAAAAACGCACUUUUUCAUAAAUUGGAAAUUUUGUGUAUAGGUAACUUGUAGCUGAAAUAGGGCCAAAGAUAUAAAACAGUCCUGGACACUACCUCAAGCGACCGCUUAUUUAAAGACACAGCUGCCAGAUUUUAAUAAAGUCGUCAGGGAUCUGUAUUUUACAAAUCCACCAGCAUUUUCUGCGUAGAUUUGGGGAAGGUAAAAAUGUCCGUUUGUUCUCACAUGAUCAGUAAGUUCAGAAUUUGUCGUACGUUUUUGGCUUUUAUUGGCUUUGCGCAUUAGGCAGCCAAUGCGAUGCUAAGCUAGUUCUAAACCAAAACAACACAAGAAACGUUCAAAUUCUUAAUUCUAACUAAUCGCAAAACGAAAUGCAAAAAGCAUGUUUUGCGAAAGAAAAUUACCAAACGACCAUAUGACUACGUAUUGCACAGAAUUGGUAUUCCAUGGUCAGUGGUUAGUAUAACAAAUUUAUUCCGGGAUGUCAGUACGCAAAAUAAAUAACAACACUUUUAACCGGUACCAAAUACCGGCACAUUCCCUAAAAAUUUCAAAAGUUGCUGUCAGAUGCUACUGAGUAAAUGAGGGCUAAUUUCCAUUUCAGUGGUCACAUGUUAUCCUGCACCCAAUUACUAACAAGACUUCCAUAAGAUUUGGGAAUAUUUUACUGAAAACCCAUGGGUCAUGUUAUUUUUUAAAAAGCAAAUUUAAUUUCACUUGCGACUUAGUACUUGUACUGUAUUACUCGAUGACCGAAAUAAGGUUCGGGAUGUAAGUGAUUAUCCUCUCAUAUAUACAGAAAAUUCUGGGAGUUCGACUUGUAUUUUGAUGUGGGUUCCGCCUUUCCUCGGAGACUAUGUCACGAAAUCCCCUUGAGUCUGUGCUGACGAACCGGUUGUUUUGUCCCGCAGGCACCACAGUCGUUUAUCAGCCACGAUAAAGAGAGAGGUGGUCCCCAAAUAUCUUCAUUUGACAAGAUUCCCAAAUGGAUCCUGUUUUGUCAACGUCUAAAAACCCACCGUGUCACACUAACCUGAAUGUUUAAACUAGAACAGGCUAAUGGUACUUCUUCCCGUACCGCCUAAGAUUAGAUUCCCACCCGACAUACGGGCAAACCCCCAAAGAGAAGAGGUCUUCGGUUUUAAAAAGUCAAAUGCAAUUGUUUAUUUUUUUGUCAAAAUAGCAAUAUCAAUGACAAAGUGAUCCUAAUUUCAGCCGGAAUCCAGUUGCCUUCCUUUCAACACUUCCUCGCAAUAGAAAAGAAGCCCUGUAAGCACAGUAAUAAAAAACGUUUGUACUCAUACAUAGUCCUUGCACGGUACUUUGUAAUUGAGAAUUAUGUUUCAGAUUUAUGUCUGCCGGUGACGUAAUUGCUGAGAUGGUCGAUAGUUUGGAACAAGGUAAAAUGUACGUAUGACCAGUAAACACCCUUACAUACUUGAUCGCACUGUUUUAAACUACAAUUUCACAAUUAUCCCAGAAGACUUUUCCUGUUACUUUUUGUGUGAUAAAAAGAUUUCCUAUAGGAAACCGGGUGUUGGUGCAGAGAGACCUGUUGCUACGACGAGAAUUGUCCGGAUUAGUCCUCUUGCUCUGCUGUCGUUGUCAGGAAACUAAGCAAGUGGGGGGAACGGAAAGACUAUUUUAGAUGCCUAUGCUAAACACCCCCUAGCAGGCAGGGACAUAGCGCCGACUCUCAGGUCCGGUUCACGCAAAUGAACUCGUCCACGCCUUCAAGUUCGACUGAACGGAGGUCCUCAUGUGAUGCAGCAAUCGCAUGAGUCGCAAGUUGCCUGGGUUAGGAUUAUGCAGCCAGCAGUUAAACGAAAAAGUUAUCGCUCUCUUCCCUUCCUGUCCGGCGCUAUGAAAUUGCUUGUGCGAAUUGAUGAAUAGUUCUUAUGCCUGUUAUUAGCACUGCUGAUGAGAUCACACACACUCAGGACUGGAAUAUGAGCAAACAAUUCGUUAUCGUCCCGAGUACGAUAGUGUUUGAUAAGUGCCAAGAUUGCAGACUUUAGUAGGUGUGUGCCUAGAUAACCAUUGUUUUCUACAAACACUGCGCUUUCAUUGCUACAUCUAUCGGUCGCUAUUUUCGGCGACGUGUUGGAGGGCAAAGCUGAACAAACCAAACGAAUAAAGCUUUUGUUCCGGCGGGCAAACGUACUUCUUCACAUAGACUGAUCUUUCAUCAGCUGCCAUUUUGGAUAUGCUUUCUUGAGGCAAACAUGGGAUAACGUCAUAUAAAUUGCAAAAUCUUCUGUAUUUUUAAACCAUUCACAAUUUUAAAGCCUAGAAUUAGGUUUAGUAUAUGUUAUUUCAAAAACUUUGUUUGCAAAAUUCUUACCAUUCCCUGAAAAUUCCCCUUAAGAGUCGAGGGCGUUGCGAAAAAUAUUCGGGAAGCCAUUUAUCUACGCUUCAUGCUUAAAAGGUAAUUAAUUCAGUGUGCACUGACGUUUUCCGUUUUUUGACCUUGAGCAUUUAUCCACAGCACUGUGAAUUCUGAGUAAUCAAGAAGGAAAGAUGUCAACAAGAAUAGGUGAAUCGAAGACUUCUUAACAGCAUUUUUCGACCACAAGUCACUAACAAGAUCCCAACCUUUAGUUCAUAAUGAAUAGUAACUGAAAAGACCACUGAACCAAUUGAGUGACAUUCAAGAAUGAACUACAAAUGUGACAUGAAUAGAAUGGAGUUUAGAAGGGAUUGCAACCAACUUAGUGUAACACUAAAACUGUCCUCCAUGGAGAUGUAAUGAUUACUUCUGUAUUCCCGGAGUGAUUCGUUCUAAAUUCAUGCCUUAUAAUCGACGUUCACGACUUUUCCAGUCAAAUAUUAGGAACACCGUCAAGCUUCCUUAGUGAUUUUUAAAUAACUGUCUUACGCCUUGCGGGACUUUCUGAAUAAAUUACCAGAAUAUCAUAUACGUUUCUGUCACUUUCAAUAAACUGCGUAAAAACUUGAAAGAGUUUUACUAGACCCCUUCAAAACUACUUUCAUUUUUACGUUCUAAUUGAAUCCGCUGGUUGUGAAAACACGAAAUAAUGUAUUUUUUCAACAUCGCUCAAACUGCUAUUGUAGGUACUGUGGAGAGGGUUCAAUCAGAUUGGAAGUUCCAGAUCUCCUUAUGGAAAAGUGAGAUUUGUUUCAAAGUUCUUGCUUGUGUACGAUUGACAAUUUGGUUUGUUGUUCUUUUUUCCGGAAAAGGUAAAAGCGUUUUUGCAUCUUGCCACCUCAAUACCAAGUCGUCUACUUUGUAGCUAAAACAUGUGCAAAUGUUAUAAUCAAUACAAAGCAGCAACUUCAGAUGUAUAAAUAUCGGAGGGAAUUUACCAACACCAACAGCCCGCAAAACGAUGCUGUGCAUUCUCAUUAAAUAGUUGUCUUCUCUUGUGUUGCAAGUGAACAUCGAUUAGCUCGGUCAUCUUUCCAGGUACCCCCUCUUGCCUGGUCGAAUUCGCCUUUUGAUGUGCAAACCCCUGAAUCAAUACGCCCACGAGCGAUGUUUUGCGGCCACGCAAGCCUAGUUAUUUAGUCAAAAAUGCCAUUGGAUUUGUUAAAUAAGCUAAAGUGGUUGAUUGAAAGUUUCAUUGAUUCCACCCUCAAAAAGUCAAAGGCACCAUUGUUAAUCCAACGUUUGUGAGGUUUUUUGUUAGACUAUAUUUAUCGCUCGAUUUUGUCGUUUAUCAUUCGUUUUACUGCCCAUUCAUUACGAAAGAAUCUCACCGCUGAAAAUGUUUCCCACUUUUAAAAUGCAAACUUGUCUUACAUGUGGUCGGCGUUUGAGAUGUUCUAAUUGUAAACACUUUAGGUAUGACGUAUUCUUCCUAGACAUCUGUUUUCAUUUGCUUAUAUACUUUGCGGAGGAGAUCUUAAGUGGUGUUUUUGCAAUGUUUCUUUCCCUUUCAGCAAAGAAUACCUAGACAUUGGAGUACGCCAUGCCAUAAGAAGUCUAGAUAAAAGGAAAAUGUAAGAUUAUGUAGCUUUGUCUUUGGGACAUCUUAUAGUGCCAUCAGACGAGCUGUAUUUCAGUCGGUAUUUGCAGCUUCUUACUAGGAUGGUCCAAGAAAUUGUCUUUUUGAGAGAAAAUUCAUGAAUUAUGAAACAGUAAGAAGAUCGUGCGAGUUCUAACAGAGGCGUGGUUCUCAGAUGCCGACUCGAUUUGUAAACACAUUGACCUAAAUGGUCUUAAUACAGGAUCUUAUCCGAGCACCGGACAGGAUGGCGGAAUAGGCUUGGGGAUAUGAACCAAAGGCUAUUUGCCAACCAGCUGAUCCUUCCAGGAAGCGGGGCGCGACUGGCGCAGCAAGCAGGCUACAUCUUUAUUUGAUUUUUGUGUAGUUCCCGCUCUGGUAAUUGUCAGUCGACCAAUCUGAUCGAGAUGUCGGUUUUUUUCAAAUCUGCACGUUAGAGCUCCUUCCUACCAAAAUAUCCUUCUGUGCACGCAAGUCCACUUAGAUUCUGCGACCAGUCUAUUUUUUGUCCCACAGGGCACUUACGCUGACGCGGCUUGUAACCGACAGUCUGGAACAUCCUACGGUCGAUCAAGUGUGAGUUUUUGCCAAACAGAAGUCAUUUUCGUGAAAAAGCAGUCUUAUCCGUUCAAUGGACGGAACGUUAUAGUAAACUCGUAAAACUAUGCCUAGGGAUUUUCUAGACAACAGAAGCUCAUAUAUUUGUGUGCUCAUACAUGCCAAGUGAGGGGAUUUGGUCAUCGUGCGAAGUUGCUUGACAACUUUUUUUCUCUUUCUGUCCACAUUUGCAGAUAUUCCUCCCUCCAGAGUAUGAUGACCGGGUCUGUUGAAAUCUCUCCGGUGAUCACCGAUAAACGGUAGGUGGAAAAAGCUGUGAAAUCGACUGUUUGGUGGAUAUGGUUGAAUAUCCUCAGGAAAAUAAAGUUAGCGGAAAAACACACAAAGAUCAAAAUCCCACUGCGUAUAAAAUCAGAUAAAGCGGGAACUCGUGGUUUGACUGUGAAAAUUAAAACCGGAACGCCCGACACUCAUCACCGUUAACUAUUAUUACCUUCUCCGCCAGAUCUUGCAAACUGAAACAAGCGCUAAGUAUUUCUCAGGUAAAGUCAUUUAAAAGGAAGACUCUAAGCCUACAAAAUGGAAGAUCCUGCGAGGAAACGAGUCGGAAAUCUAGCAUUGCGGCCGCACUUCCUCUUAGAAAUUUCGUCAAAUCUGUCCUGCUUCAAGACACAUGUUUCGGUGGAUUGAUUUACAGUCACAGAAGGCCGUGUAAAAACGAUCAGGCUCCUCUGUUGCAUAAGAGUUUUAUAUUUUGCAAAGUUUCGAAUUUCUUUUUGCAGCGAAGUUCAGCGGCAGUCUGCCAAAAUAGCUGAAAUCGCUCCGCUUGAAAGCAGGCGAGAUAUGCAGAUCAGGAAUAUGUGAGUUCAUUCUUUUCAUACCGUCUCCUUUUACAGCACCUGUGACAGUUACAUAAACUUGUCUGACCAUAAUUUAAAGUAAGAUAAAUCGGCGUACUAUGGUACUACGCCACAAUUUCAGAGCAGGCCAGAGGGCCACAGUGUUAUGCGCGAAAGUGGGAUUCGCAAUCGUUUGUUCUUUUUGCCACCGAAGCCUCAUCCUAACUGCAGUUCACCCUAUUUCCUUCCGUGUCAUCUAGUUUGCCAAAGAUGUUCAGGCAUCUCGCACAGAGCUGGACGGAGGAUGAACUGUAAGUCUACAUAUUGAUUUGUACUUCAAAACUCCACCGGAAUGUAGAUGCAUAUAAACCUAGUGUUCGUGUGCAACUGGCCUCAUCAGAUUGAUUGUCUGGGGUUUCAUGGCAGCGUGACUUUUUCACCCAAGCCAUCUACAGAAAUGUAUGUCACAGGUUCCCGUUAACACUUUACAUGACGAUAUAGUGCCUGGGGAACAGGACUGCGUGAAACAUGCCAUUCAUGUGCUUUUACGGACAGUUUUUGCUAACGAUACAUAGGUCUGGAAAAGCUAGAUGUACUCAAUUGUCAGACUUCAAAUCAGUUGGGGGUAGACAUCUUGUAACUACAAACAAACGAACUAAAUCUGGACAACUUUAUAGGCAUUUAACUAGAAGGCGCGGUAAAUCAUGAACAUUGAUUCGGGAACACUCAGGCAGACUUAAAUGAUAUUUUAGUAAAAGUGUCGAUUGUCGUACUUUAAAAAGAAUUCUCGAGCCUACCGAGUAAACGUUAAACUAAGCUCCAUAUAAGGCGCCAAAAUGAACCAAAAGGCUAACACUCAUUAAUAAUACUUUGUGGUCAGAAAUAUUGAGCUGGCAUAUGGGAAACAGACAAAUGCCGAUCAUCCUCAUGUUUUAGAGCUUUUCCCUGUUGCCUCUCUGAGGGGUGAGAGCCGAACGCCGUGCACAGAACCGAUGACUAAUACCCUAGAGCGCUCGAGUGCCAAAGGUCGCAUUUGCAUCGUACUCUGUGCGGCAUCUCCAAUUCAGGACAUGCUCAUUGCGUUCUUACGCCAGACGCUGUCAAUCACAAGUGGAUUCAUACAGAGCCGCUGGUGACUGGCGUUCACAUAUUCCCGCUGGGAUGGCGCGACGCUGUCUCAAAAUCUAGCCUGUCAUAUUGACUUUGAGCCGAAUACAUAUGUAUUUCAAUAUUUAAGUUCCACAGCUUAUGGCGAAUUUUUAAGAAUCACACUCAUCAUCACCUGCAGGUGACUCGGAGGAACGUUUCCAUACUCCCUGAUAUAUAUGCGCUUAAAGUCUAGCUGCGCCCUCAAGAAUGCGCCAGUUGAUGAGAGCACAUGGAUGCGGACUUCCGUUUAUUAGUAGGUCUGUCAGACAGAAUAAGCCAACACAGUUAAGGUCUGAUUUCUCAGAUACCCAUAUUCCACUGUAUAUUACAGAAGGGCUCCGGAAUUUCGCUGAAAAUUAACUGUUUACGAGCAUUCCGCCACCCUCACUCCAUCUUUUUCGGCAAUGGUUUAAAUCUUGCCCACAUUUACUGAUGCAGACCAGAGCGGAAGACACUUGGAGCUGAACCCAGUAAUAACUCGUAUAGAUAUCGUGGGACUUAACAACUGUAAAGGAACCUGGUUUGCUUAACGUGUGAAAUCACCUGCAAUUGGCCUUAUUUAAACUUCGAUGUUGAUUAAAAUUUGUCCCACAGCUGGGUAGCAAUCUCACGUAUGGCCGGGAGUUUUAGAUUGACAGUGGCGCAGUGGAUACGGACAAAAAACCUUGGUCAUUUGCUUCGCCAUUAUAAAGUCUUAGUAUUAGACUUCACGUAGUGGCUGAUAGAGUUGCAUCGCAAACUUGCAAAAGCAUCCUAAGAGGACAAAAACGUGCACAGCAUUUAAACGUCUUUUAAUCAGGACAGAUGGGCUUGAAAAUAACGAUCAAAAGUCAGUCUAAGAUAAUAUACUAUGCCGCCUGAGAUUGCUUUCGUGCUUAUGAGUUUUGCAAAUGCAAGUAGGUCCUACGUCGCAUCUGAAAGUACAUUUCAAAACUGCAGGUAGUCUACGAAGAGCACUGAGAUAUGUUGUGGAUACAUCAUAUAACCCUGAGGAAAAGCGCCGCUCUUUGAAAAUAAGGUAGAUAAAGCAUUUUUAAAAGUCCAAGAAAUACACGACUUGCAUGAUUUCCUCGUAAGUUUAUGGUUCACACUGUUGAAUACCGUACUGUGAUAUGACGCAACUGCCAAAUUGUCUGCAAACACGCGAAUUUCAUUGUUUUCCUGGAGGGCGGAGUUCGUUUAUCAUGCGGAAGUGAGGUAACUUGAUCGAUAAAAAGCGUUCAAAGCACAUAAUGUUUGUGUGGGCAUGUCUACCAGAUUGAAUGUACGAUUCCCUGUUGAAGGCCUAUAAGCAGCAUCGGACUCGUUAACGGUCACUGCCCGACCACCGGCAAAGCACCACGCAGUUUUGACGACCACUCCCAACGCAGCACAUGUUGUGGGGCAUACGACAUCACUAUUGAGGUAUUUAGACAGCACUCCUGCACUCUGAGAAGAGUCUCAAUACUCUGCACGAAGCGUUAAAUUCGCAGGUAACACUGCUACGCAUUCAUUCUCUUACCAAAAGGUCCAGUUGUUACUUUUAUUCUGAACGAUUAGCCACUCUGGUGCAUUAAUUGCUCUCUGUUCUCUUUGGCAGUGGACGCCUUCUGGGCCACACAGCACUGGAGAUCCUUGCGUCUUCCCACCUUGAAACCUUGUACGUUUCUCCACGCUAGCAUAGUUUAUGUUCCGUGUUUCUUCAAACUUCCCUUCCAGUGCAUUGGCUCGAAUCUGGUGUCUUUCAUGACACUUGCAGUGCGCUGUAUUUUUUAGAACCGUGUUAGCAACGAAACUGGACGUCGGUGAUCAGUCUGCUCUGUUCGGUAAAUUGUAAGUUUAAGCUCAUCGUGUCUUUUGGUCCUUUGUUGUCCUUAGUAUUACAUUUUCGUGAACCGUCAGUUCGGCCAUAGGAAACUUGAAUGUGUUUUUAUAUCCCAUAGCAAACAAAUUAGUUCUCAUUAACGCGUCAUAUGAUGCGUUGUAGUCAUUGGUAAAAGGAAGAUUUUAGAAUUCUUCAAAAUUUGCUUGUCACGGUCUUUCUAUUCGCGAGGUAUCCAAACUGUAGCGCGCAGAAUGUGCUCUUUUAGACGUGUUGGGAAGCUCACCAACCGUUUGCCUAGAUGCGUCCUAUCCUCUUCGAUGUUCUCAUCAUUACUUCUUAAAAUAAUAUUGAUAGUAAACGCUUAAUAUGAAAGACGAUCAAAAGUAUUAUCACGCACCGAAUAGUGAGGCUUCGUUUAGAUAUUCACUCAUCGGCUGUUCCGUAGACAGGCGUAAUUCGAACAGUUCUUUUGUCGGCGACGGUAGGCUGAAGGAUCCCAACUAUCUGUCGGUACACUUUAAAUCAUGUCAUACGGGAUUGGUGCUAGUUGGGGGAGGCGUUACGCAUGGGGUGGUAUGGCGGACAGGAAGCUGACGGAAUGCAGGAAAACACAAAAAACUGUCGGUGGCAAAAACGAUACUAUCGAGUGAAAUGUUGAAUGUAUGUGGAUAUGGUAUUCAGCUGGAUAAUCCACGGCGUUCCAUUUUAACUAUCGAACGACUGAGCCUAUCCCCUGCUAUCCCUUAAAUGAUGCUCAGUUGAUCUCCUUUUUUGUUUCUCCGAUCUUGGAUGCAACCGCCAGUCAUCAGGCAUAACCAAAUUUCGCACGUACAGACGUAUGACACGAUUCGUGGCCUAUGGACAGUUAACUGGGGUCCUUCGCCCUACCGUUGCCCUCGUGAGACUUGAUUCUGGUUGUUCGCCAAUUUGCCACAUUCCUUAGUGCGUGUGCGACCUUUGCCAAUUACAAUAGCCGGCCUGUCUUAUGGGACGUUUGUCGAAAUUCCGAAAUGUCUUUUCAAUUGGAAAAACAUUUCUUGGGUGGGGCUGUAAUAUUGAUUAUCCUAUGGCGUAAUCCUACAUCAUUUACAUCACGCACGGUUUUCUGCUUUUGGAUGAGCUUACUUGAUAACCGUCUACAGUAACCACACUCACCAAAAAUGAUUAUUUAUGUAGUAUAAUUCUUUGGACUAAUUUUCGACGCCUUUUUAAAUUGAAAUGUGCUUUAUAAAUAACUCGCACAAGCACAUUCUUUCAUAGACACAGUUUAAUGGCCAAUUACACCAAAAAAUUGCCUCCCGGUCUUAGAACCUUUGCAAAUAUGAGAUUUUCGGGACUUUGAAGUGCUUAUCUAUUCAGCAUCGUAUUUGUACACUUGUUAAUACUGUUUGUAAAGUGUACGAUUUGAUCCGCAUCCACUGGAAAAUUGUGUGACUUCUAAAUGAAUUCUUUUAAAUAGGGUAGAGAAAGGAAUUAUUUUUUUGCACGGAACGUAUGCAAGGGUGUACUUUGAAAAAAGUCAAGGUCAAGUCCUAAUGGAUGAGGAGUUCACAAUUAUUUGCGAAUUGAAAAGUCCUUUAAACCUAGAAGUGCUCUUUCUUAAGUUUACAAUCUAAGGAAAGAUGAAACUUGUCACAAAAACGCAAAUAAUUAUGUGUUUGUGCAUGUCUUCUACAAGGCAUGUUUAACCCAGUGAGGGGUCGAAAAUCAUUUGGGAAAGAGGUAUAACGCCUAAUUAAUUAUUUUCUACUGAGUGUGGCUUUUACAAGCGGCUGAAAAAAGGCUCAUUUAAGGGACAGGACCCUGACACGACUGAAUUUUUUUAGGCUAUGGUGCACGAUGACUAUUUUUUCAAACCAAUCUAAGUAGUCACUCUUGGUCAAAAAGUCAUUUUAGAAUUUCGGUCUACGUUUAUUAAAUUACACCAACUACUGCAAUGUCGUUAAUACCAUAUCAGGAUACCAGCUUACUACUCUAACUUAAACUUGACGCAUCACAACUUCUAGCACAAUUAUAGAACGCCCUGAUCGCAUAAACAAAGAUGCCUAAGAUUGAACACCGUCGUUUUAACUCAAUUAUAACCUCCCAACCCCUAUAAACUCAAGGCACUGCAUUUAAUUUUAGGACAGAGUUAGCCAGUUCAACAGAUGGCGGGACGUAUUUCUUUGCACAUAUGUAAGCAAGUCCAAUUACCUUCUGCCUUAAUUUUCAAAUAUUUACAACAUUUGGCAUUUUUUCGUUUUUGCAAUAAAUAAGUUAGUCCCCAUGAACUACAUCUGCAGGAAAGGAUGUCUGCACUGCUGACUAACAGUGCAGAGGUUUUUAAUAUUCAAUAUUCCAUUGUUUUUUGACAUACAAGGAUUGUAAAUCAAAAACUUCAAAGCAUAUAAUGUAUUUCCCUCAAUCGUCGAGUCAGCUUGUGUCUGUUAUCCUGACGAAACGCUCCCCGAAUUAUCCCUAUGUGUUUUGUUCUUCCUGCAAGUAGCUUUUCCCCGACUACGGACGAACUACUUGACUCCCAAAAUGCAGAACAUUUUGUAGUCAGAGGAGAUGAACGCUGUCCUAGUUUACCUAUUAGACGUUUGUGAUGGGAUGAUUCCUGAAUAGUGAGGGCGCAUCUUUUCCCACAUUAACGCUAAACGUGUAUAAAAUAGCCCGGAAGCAUGUUAUCUCUCUUCCUCAUAUUGUUCUGUGAGAAAAAUUAACUUUUGCCCAAAGGCCUCUCCAAAAUAAGAAACUACUUAGGUGGGCUUUCAUGGUUGCCAUAAGCCUUCGUGGAGUGCAUGCUGAUCGUGCACUGAACGCGCCUUGAAAGGCGGUGAAUGAAUCAAGUGAGGGAAUGAACAGAUGCCCGGAAAGACAUGUUAUUUCACAUACGUGUAUACGCAGAACACUUUCUGCAAAAACUCCGUCCGUUGAAACAGUGUCUACAUAUGGUAUGUACUUGAACUCAUGAAGAGACAAACUCGGCUAGGUUGGCAAAAGUGGAAUCGAAUAUACCAGUUUGCUCGACUAUCCUUACAAUUCGUACUUCGCACGCCAGGCAUGUAAACUCUCCCAGAAGACUUAGGUCAUCCUAAGGACCGAGCAGUUUGCAUCCUCUCUGAAAUUCACUAAUAUAGGCUUAAGUGUGCAUGCACCCCGUCAUCGUAGAUGUUCGUUUACCUUAAGGAAAGUAAGGUGCGAAAUUUGUAUUAUCGGUUAUUCCAGAAUGUGUUGCAUUUUGCCUGUUUGGUGACCAGCGGCAAUUGCUUUUCGCCUUGAUAUUCGCAUUCGCUACUUGUCAAGACAUUAUUUAAUGUAAGAAAGCACGGGACUGCUUGGUAAAUACAAUGAUUUACUGCUGCCGAAAGAUUUCCGGGAAAGCAGUUUUUCGUUCUGUCGAUAAAGAUUUUGGCCCAUAUUCAAGCGGCAUGAGUUACAUUUUAAUACGCGACAUUAUCAACCAUGAAGUAGAGGAGUCAAGCAGUUGAGAUCAACACAUGCUGCUGCCAAUGUAUCUCAGAGUCUGUACUGAGUUCGGAUUUGAAAUUAGCGCCAUUUUUUGUAGCACGCAAAAAUCCUUUUGGUAGCCAUCGUUGACACAGGCCGUAUGGAAAAACUGGGACUGUGAGGAUGGAAAUCUAAUUAGCCAAGAACCAAAAUGUCUACCAAACCAAGAGUUAAAACAUAGAUGAUUUGAGGGCUACCAGGAAAAGGAGUAUGAGAAAAAUAAAAUAAUUCGAAGAAAAAAGUAUAAAAUAAAAGUCCGUCCGGCUAAUUGAUGGGCCUCCCGUAGGGCAAGAUUUGAAUUUUUACGUGUAAGGAACAUGGGAUGAUAAAAACGUGGGGUUUUUGGAACGCGCGGAGAGAGAUAGUUAUUUUAAUGCAGUUGCAAGAGGAUUUAAUGCAUACUUAACGCUGGGCAAUCAUUCGGCUCCGUGACUGCCAGACAGCCAGCCUUCGUGUGUGGUACCUCGAUGCCGCGCAGGACAUAGGAGACAUGCCACGGGAACUGCUUUUGUAGAUGUGCAAAGCCAAAUAAACGCAUUCGCCGAGUCUCUGCAAUGGGGACAAAUUUUUGUAGGUCAGGCGUCAGCUCCUCCAUACUCCACGGCCGUCUUGACCUACGAGCGUCUCUGGGGCACUUUGGUUGUGAGUAAAUAAUGAAAGAUAAUGCUAUCCGGAUUGCACGAGCUGCAUAAUUUAUCCUGAUAGUAAAAAUGCUCUUCUCUCGAAAGGAAGGUCAUAAUCAGGUUCUGUGGGCAAACACUCUGCCCACAUAUCUGCUGUCUUUCCAAUUAUCAUGUUAGUACAAGGUUUUUUCAUAUCUGCAGAGUAUGGACAGAAAACUUAUAAUGAAAUCUUAAGUUAUGUGUUUUUUCAGAUCGUUCGUCAACGUGCGCUGUAUUGUAGUGCACCCACAGUAACUCCAACGAUCAAGCUCUGACUUCGCUUAGAAAUGUCCAGUAAUAGAACAGAAAAAAUAUUCCUGAAAAAUCUCCUACAAAAUUAAAUUGGCUAACGUUAUUAUGGUCUUGCCUUGUUAAGAAAAACAAAACUUGGGAACGAUUCGAUGGAUUCCAUCCGCAAAACGUGAGUCCGAUUUGGAAUUGCCAAUUGUCAGAGUCAGCAUUGUGUUUUUUUAAAAAAAACUUAGUGACGACCGAUGCGCUGGGAACAGUUACCUCUUGUUGGAUAUAAUCUGGAUACCAGCUUACUCACGCCAUACCCAACGUUCGGACACUGUCUUGCCAGCGGAAUAGGGUUGGCAUGAUUGGAGUACAGGGAGUCCAGUGCAGUGCAAGCUACUACUGCUUCCACCUUCGGACAAUGAUUGUAUAAGCCGCGUGCGAUGUGUAAAUUGUCGGGGGCGGCGUGCAGAUGGACAUGCAUUAAAUGUGUCUCCAAAAAGUCCAAAAUUCAUCUGAAUUUGAAUCACAAUAUCGGUUAAAUGUAGAUAAAUCAGAGUGUAAUCAGUAAAUCCCCCACGAUUUAAUUCUGCGUGCUGCUACUAUAACAAGGCUAGUCGGGCAAAACACGCUGAUCACUGAGAAGCCGGACAAAAUUUAUUUGUCAUAGGUGAACACCAGACAAACACUAAGGGACAUUGAGCGUAGUGUGCAGACAAAAGCACAAGCGUUACCAAAGCCUUUUAAAUUUGAACAGGGAACCGAAACGGAAUGUCUGUAAAGCAGUUGCUGUGUGACGCAGUCAAGCCGAUAACCCUCCAAAUGGUACAGCAGAUGGGUUAACUCAUGAAAUGUCAAUCAAAAUUUCGUAAUGCGUUCUAGUUUCGAAAAGAUUAAUUAGGUAGGGUUGCAAAAGUAAUCAUCAUGCAGCAUAAUUCUAAAAUGAUCCAGCCUCCCCAGGUUGUCGGCUUUUGAAUGAACUUAUUUCUUACUUCAUGCAGGACGUAUUCGCUGCAAAAAAUGACUUCUUAUGCAAUUCUCUCAUUGAUUUUCGAUGCCCUUGAAAAUUCAAUUAUAUUUAAUAAAAAACAUACAUAAAAUAUUCAUUCUUUCAAUCUUUCGGUGAAAAAUUAGAUCCUCUUCCAAUUUUAUACUUGAAAGAAGGGUAUAAUUUGGUUUUAAAAAGUCUCUAUUUGUGAGAUUUUUAAUACCGUGAAAUGGCCGUUCAUAAAACUUCAUGUCCCUGCAUUUACUAAUGUGGCUUGUAAAGUUAGCACUGUCGCUCAAAUUUACUGCUUAAUUUCAUUAACCCCAUAUGGUCUCCUCUUAAUACCGUAGAGAAAAGUAUAGUUUUCCAUACGCAGAAAAUAUACGGAUUAUAGUUUGGAAACCGUGAAUGCAAGUGCAACGGCAGGUCGGGUUCAAAAUUAUUCAGGAAUUGGAAAAGUUUUGGUAACCCGAAUCAUACCCUUCGGAUGAGUUUAGAAUUGAAAGAAGACGUAAUUUUCCACCAUAAGAGUGAAAGAAUGAAUAUUUUUAUGCAGUUUUCCUAUGAAAUAUAAUUAAAUUUUCAAGGUCAUCGAAAAUCAAUGAAAAAAUUGCAUGCUACAUAAGUAGUCAUUUUUGCAGAGUAUUGUUCUUGCAUUCAGUCAAAAAUAAGUUCAUUCGAAAGCCGACAAGCUGAGGUAACUGGAUCAUUAUAGAAUUAUGCUGCAUGAUGAUAACUUUUAUAACCCUACUUAAUUAAUCUUUUCGAAACGAGAACGCCUCUCAAAAUUUCGGCUGACAUGUCAUGGGUUAGCUCACCUACUGUAUUACUAUUUAAGUCUUGAAAUAUUAAAGUUCACUUAGAGGCCAGAGAAAGGAACUUUCAUCACAAAGCUGUUCUAAUUGGAGAAGAUAAGCUGUUAUUGUAAAAGAGUGCCUAUUUUUUAAAUUCUGGUUCUUCAGCAAUUUGUGCAGGCGUCUAUUUUGAGAAACAGGACGAGGCUGGCUCCUCGAAUGACAAGGUUAACUGAAAAUUUCCAAAUGACUGAUUAUAAACCAUAUGAGAAACAUAUGAGUAGCUUGCACGGAUUUGCCUGUUUGGUCGGCUGCUACGCCAGCAUAGGCCCAUUGAACCUGGUAGCUCGUCAGUUUGGCAUCAGAUGAGUUAACGGUCAUGUCAUAUCCGGUUGCCCGCUUUCUGAUAACCUCGACAAUCCAGGUGUCCGACGACCUAGAACCCGGUAGGCUGGGAGACGGUUUCUAUGGGGAUUGAUUUAACUGGCAUCAGGGGCCGAUGUCUCAUGCGUGAGAUGUUCUGCAUUUUGUCUGUGCUGGCUUGGGAUUCCGGCUCGCCAAACGUCGAAGGUGUAAAUGGAGUUUGCCGUGGCAGUUUCAAAAAAUAGCAACUAAUUAUAUGGUGUUCUGAGUCACACAUUAUCACUCUGGAGUUCUCAUUGGCGUUUACCCGAAUAGCGCUUGAAACACAAGCCAUUCUAAGUAUUUUUUGCGUAAAUCGUCGUAUUCGAGAUGUUGAAAACCCAGCUGGAUGGAGGUCUAAGGAGGUGUUACAAAGAAUUACUGUCAACUUUCUCUUGUAUCACAUUGUUUUGCAGAUUCCUUGUUUAAUCAUAUUCAAUAAAACUUGCGGUAUCUGAAGGAUGUUAAUUAUAAUGAUACAGAUCACUAUCACAAAUAUUCUAAAAGGUUACAAUUAAUCUUCCAUAUUGCAAAUUUCGCUUAAGUUUCGUAGACUACCUUACAAAAACGGAGAACGAUAGGUAAGUCCAUUAUAUUCCUUGCUAUCUAGCUCGUUUGGUUAAAGUUAAUUAAUAUUGGGGUUACUUGGCGUACAUGCAAUAUCCGUGCACUAUUACUAAAACAAAUUGUCUGUCUGCCCAGCGCGGUCAUUACAUUUCGAAAUUACGCGAUAUCUGUUGGUUUAAUUAUGAGUAUUGUUUCUUGGAAGGCAAUAAUUCCUGAAUUAGUUUCAGUAUCAUUUCCAAAUAAAGGUGAUUAUCUGGUGAGAGACGCAACCGUAGACAGGCAAGAAAGGGGACCUUUUAGUUAAGCAGCGGCGGGCUGUUUGAGUCUUUGCAUCAACGUUUUACACAUGACGGAAGACGGACGCUCACCGAUCGUGGCAAGGAACGCAUUUGUCGAGUUUUGCCAUAGGUUUCAAACUGGAGCUCUUCCAGAAGCCGCUCAGCGGCUAGUAUUAUAGUUAGAAUAACAUUACUAACAAAGAUGAGGGCGAUUGAAAUGACCAUUUUGGUCAUUUCAUCAGCCAGCCGUAUCCAGCCCCAGGUUGUGCAAUCCCUGAGGCUCGAACCAGCAUUCUGGUGACCAGAAGUCCAACGUCAUGACCACUGAGCCACAUACUCGUCCUGUCGAGGACUGUUCAUCUAAUUGUAACCGACAGGACAACGAACUCGUGGUUCGAUAGCCAGAGCGUUGGAAUUUGACCAACAGUACGCUGGCCUGCGCCCCAGAGGUUGCGUAGCCUGGGACUGAGUAUGACUGGCUGAUGGAGCCCUUGUCGUUUUCGGUAAUUGUAUUCUGGUUAUAUUACUAGCCGCUUUUGGGGCUGCUGGCAGGGCUCUAGAUGGAGUUGCGAAGGCAUGAUGAUAUAAGUAUGUCCUAUAGCGCGAUAAGUGGUCGCGCAUCUACUGUAUAUAUGCAUAUGGCAGAUGGUUAUACCGUUCACCCGACAUAGGUACUAGCUGAAAAGCCGCAUACAUGUUCUUUCGAUGUUUCCGCUGCUGCAUGAUGCAGCUGCAAGUUGUUCGGCCCCUCAGUGGGAUCCCCAGCGAGCACUUCAGCAUUCCCAGGGCAUUUUCUGGUAUGUAAGCUCCAGAGAAUAACCAGGGUAAUUAUGUCGGAAAAUAUUAAGCGCAGAAAGUGAAGUUUAGUGUCCGGGACACGACGUUUUGAGGUCAGACCGAAAACUCUAAUGAACGAUUGAGUCGAAGACAGUCAUUUACUGCGGGAUAACCACGUAAUGUUCGUUCUACUUGGAACUAGUACCACAAGUAGUAUAAUUGUUUAUGGCAGAUGUUAAUACCGUACUCUAACCCUAAAAGUCAUGUGGCAAACACUUAACUCUGCGUCCUGCACUUAACAAUUUACAAAGGUAUUACCUUGAUACAUAUAUACAUGCAUAGAGGGAAACAACAUUUCCGACAAGAGGACAGUUGUCGGAAACCUGUGCUAGGUAUGCUGGUGAAAAUGUCGACCAUUACUGGUAUCGUGCUAUAGUUAAUCGAAUAUCUCAUCCCUCUACAGUGACCACAACUACUGAUAUUGGGUACCUCGUCUUCACCAAAUCCCUGGCCGACAUGCACUGUACAUACUUCCAAUACUUAUAGAUAAUUAAAAGACGCAUAACGACCAUGAACAUCCCCCGAUCCAAAAAAUUACACGGAUUACUGUUCAUUAUGUGGCUUGUCAAUGCUACGUCGUAUAUGCCGUUGAGCAGAAGAGACUACUAUUUUUCCUGGUUUACUGGUCGCGGGUGACAAACUCCAAGGAACUUCAGAAGCCUUUUAGAGCAUUUUACAGAAACGCAUCUCUCUGAUCAAUUGAAGGUUUUCUUCCAUUUUAUAAAUUUGUAAAGAAAAGCCCUAACUACCAUUACUUUUGGGUUCAGGAAUUAAAUCCGUUAGUAGCCGCAGCAGUGUCGCUAGAACGAAGGAACAUAAGGCUCCUCACAUUAUUUACCAAGGAAAAACCAAGAACCCCCUACUUAAACUCUGCAACGACAUGUAUACGGCGUUCAGAGCAAGGAACAUCCUUUUAGAGUAUGCGACUAGUAAAGCCCUGAUACUUUUCAUUCCACAGUGUCGACUAAAGUUAUUUUCAAAAAACUAACCAUUUUCCCCAAAUCCACCAAAAAAUUUCAAUUUCUAGAAAUGCCACUAUUGCAAAACCGUUAUCUGGGGAUACAAGUGCGCUAAUAAUUCCAAGCAGAAUCAAAUGAUUUAGAAAGCACUUUACACCAGCACUAUGACACGAAGUCAACAACCUUAGAACUUCUCUGAUUUAUAAUAGUGUAUGUCGUUCUUUUGCCUCCAAUAAACCUCCGUCCAACACAUUGACGCAGUCAGAGUUAAUGCGAUAUGCACCUGAGACCAAAAUGCAAGGUUACUCCGUCAGGUCGUGCAGUGACGAAUUUGAGAAUUCCUAUACCUUUACGAUUUCACAAAAACUGUGCAUUUAGUCCUUUUGUUCUGUCCUUUGAUCUACUCACCUAAAUAUUUUCUUAUAUUCUUACAACCCUCUGGGACGUAUGUAAACAUAUGUGAAUUUUUGAAUUUUGUAUCUCAACUUUGCUCACGUCUAAACCAUAUUUACUUCUUUUAGCUCUGCAGGCCCGACUGGUGUUGUGAAUCUCAGUGAAGUGUAAGUUAACUGUCUGUACACUUUUACUUCGAUUAACGACAUGCCCUCUGAAGUCUUAUAAGAUGAGCACCAACACUUAUUACAUGUUAUGGUAGCUUGUGCCAGAUGAGAAGUAAGCGGUCCAUUGCUUAGUGUGUCCUCCAACAAAAGCUUGAGGCAAGACGAUUUGUUUAAAUAAAGAUAAGGGGCCUUGCGUUCACUUAAUCUAACGCCGCGUCAUACCGUUUGGCCAGUUCAGAUUAAAUGUUCUAAAGAUGAUUUUGCGAUUGUAAUAUUCAUCGGCAUAAACCACCAUCCCGUUCUCAAAGAAAGGUACUUUAACACUUCAUGCGGUGUCGGAGCCCUUUUGUCUUAUGUCCCUGAAGGGUUCUGCUAGAAGUUAGAGUUUGGGCAUCCUCCCCACCCCCCCCCCCACCAUAUGGGUGUGACUACAGAGUCUUGCUAUCAUACGUAGUGGCCAAUUCUCGAUGAAAAGCUGGCUUAAAUCUCCGAAGCACAUGACCACAUUCUUGUGGUAGAAAGUGUCUAAAAGUUUAUGAUCAUUGUAAAACCUAGAGGGUCUUCAUAUGGUUUGAUGAGUGGGUUUAUUCUUUAUGAACGUUCCUCGAUGUACCCCCCUGGCGUGAAAGUAACAGUUUCGUGGUGUGACUUUAAUGAGUCUGCAUUCCAAAUAUCCAUCGUAACAUAAUCGAGCAUUUUGUCUUCAAAAUGUUCCGAGAAACCAACUCGUAAUUGGACAAAGUGUCUAAAAAUGUGGACUCUUUAUUAGAAAAUGACAAGUCACACAAAAUAUACGUAGCAAGACCUAGUCGAACAGCCGCAUUGCAAAAGAAAAUAUCUAGCGCAAUCACCCAAAAUUUUGCUGAAUUCGUACGAUAACCCAAGCGGAGGUACUUGCGCAAACUUAAGUCUCUAUAUGGAAGCAAACCCUGGUAUUAAAUGACACGAGCAAGAACACCCCCUGAAAACAGGAGAUGAUGCAACAUAUGUUAUGAUCAUAAAGAAGUUGGAUUCGGAAUGAAUGCAAUAAUCAGAACUUACUGAUGUCACCAAACUAGAUUUAGGGCAUGAAACCGCCGUCGGGGGUCCCAGGCCGCAUAGGACCAUAGCGGCUUUCUAGAAAAUAAGUAUUACAUAAUUAUAGCCUGAUACCGCCCUCAAAGAAGGCAUUUUGGUCAAAGACUACCAGCCAUUUACUGGACAAGUGAAGGUAAGAUGGCGUAGAAACGUAAACGUCACUGUGUGCAAGAAGGUCAUUUGAACAUUUUCACCUUGUCCUGUUCUGCCAUCAAUAAACGAAUCGAGUAGAAACCCAGAUCUGGUUGAGGAUGGGUUGUGUAACCCCACUACGUUCAAUGUGCACAACCAACUACUGUAUUGAUCUUAGCAGGGCCCGUUAAGUUUAUCAGUUCAUAACUACGGGGCGUCACCCAUUGAAUUUUACCUAGCACACUGAUAUAACCACAAGCACCGAACUGUUUCAGUAUGGCCUCAUUAGGGAUAGAUCACUUGUCGUGAGGUGGCCCUCCGUUUUCGCCCCACCGCUUCAUAGUCCGUUUCUUCCAAAGGGAUAGCUACACCUUUUUUGUCAUGGCCGUAAUCACAAUGCAACGCGCGCUGUAAGGAUCGUCGGCUCCGUUUUGGUUUACUUUGCCUCGGUUACAGGACGAACGCUCAGCUCCCACGAUAUCUCCGAAUUGUCUCGGUUGUCGAACGCGUACGCCAUGGCUUAUUUAUUUCUUUAAGCCAGUAAUAAGACAGUUAAAUUCAGUUGAGUCUGUAUGCAGAAAUGUAAUUACAAAUGGUCGUUAAAUUGUGUCCAGGAAGGAGCCAUUCAGGUUCCCUGUUCAGGACGCUGUUGCACCGGAUGUGCUUCCGCAAUAUGCGCCGGGAAUAUUUUCCGCGCUUGCUUUGGGCCAAUGCUAUCUAGGCCAAACCGUAGACGAUAUUAGAUCCCGUGGGCCCAUAUUAUCCGAUGAGACACCGGAACCCCUAGAGCUUUCCUCCUUCGACAUCGGCCGCACCGGAACACGUAUCCGUCGGUGUGCAGCCUCACUACUUGCUGGCGCAUUUGACGUCCACACUGGCAUUUUGCCGCACUAGAUAACAGUCCCCUUGCUCGACAGUAUUCUACCACCUUCUUCGAGCUUAUGGCUUCGGUUAUUUCCUCCGCUUUGGUCAACAAAUCAAGCUGCGGUUAUCUGACUCUUCGGCCACCUGGAGCCGAUUACCUGUAUUUUAGAAAGAACAAACGCAACUUUUAUCACCUGGCCUGUUCAUAAGCGCAUUUCAUUACUGCUCAUAAACGUUACAUGCAGAUAUUUAUUAUCUCUCAAUUUUUAUUUUAAAUUAAUCAGUUCACUUAUUAUGAAGAUACAUACAGGCGUUUAUACUGUCGUUAUUUGACUUUUGCAUUGUUUAUCAGGGUGCAUGUUCAUAGCUCCUCUAAUACGCCUGUGAGCUUUGCCGUCUCGCAUUCCGCAGUUGAAAUAUUUGGCACUUGCCAUUCUUCUCUCCUAUUGGUUUUUCGUUCCAUUGGUUCCUGAGCUGUCGCAAAUGCGCAAGCGGCUGAUUACUCGACUGCCUCCUACUUAUUGGGAGUUGUUUAUUGUUAAUUUUCCAAUUGGCGUGCUCACUUCCGUUGCUACAUAUAGGCGCAGAAUAAGAAUUUCAGCGGGAAUCUACCUAUUUUUAAAAAUUUGAUGCACGCAUUUCGCUUCCCCUUCGUGAUGAUACCCUACACGUAAAACCCCUGUUAGCACCAUUCCCAUAUUACACGAGCGUAUGGUUACUGGUUGUGGGGUAGGGUUAUAAAACCUACCGAUGAUUAGAUCUGUGUUUCGUCUAUUUUCUUCUGCUGCAUGGUGCAGCAGCAGAGGGUUUGGCUAUCCAUUUAAACUCCCAACGUGUUUUACCUUGCUUAUUUUGCGUUUACCUCCAUUUUUUGUAAUGAUAUCUAGUUCGAGCCGGACAGAUCUAUUUACAUAUUUCCUGCAUGCGCACGAUACGCCAGUCUUUCAGUUUGACAGGUGCCAGCAUCCUGCAUUCUGUCGAAGCUGGCGAUUUGUUAAUCCAAAAUAGCUCUAAAACGAGGGCCAUAUCUGACAGCUUCUGUUCCGCCCUACGAAAUCUAAUACCUCAAUUUUGUUUUGUAUAAAAUUGUGGAGAUCAACUAACGAACUUUCUGUGCUCAUAAUCGUUUCAUUUUUCUACAUUUAACGUUAUCGUCUGUCCCUUCGAGAAGUUUAGAGCGUCUGAUAAUCUCACUUGCAAGUUUCCAAUCAGCACGUCUAUCUUUACUCUCACCAAAUUAAAAAUAGGCUUUUCUGAUAGUUUUUCGCUGCAUUAUAACCAUAAAUAACAACAGAAUACUCUGGCAAAAUUUAAAAAAACAUUUAAAUGGCAUUAUCCUCCAGAUCCUGCACAACUGUUUGCAGGAAUAUAUCCUAGUUCCUGGUUUACUGGUUGCGAGUGACAACUUCCACAAAGAUUUAGAAACCUUUUUAAGAAAUUUAAUACUGAAAUAAGUCUUUUUGGAACGUCAUUGCAAACAGGGACGCUACAGUAGAAAGCGAUCUUCUCCUAUGUAUUCUUGCUAACAAUCACUCAUUUACACGACGUUUCAUCAUCUGUUCACAAACGAAAGCUUAAGUAGGAAACAAUUCCGAGAAAUGCACUAUUCAUUUUUGUCAUCAGUUACUGUUAGCUCUCGCGUGACUAAAAUUCACUCGCCCAGACAUCGUACAGAGUACUUUUGUUUAAGCAAAUGUAGCUGUUUUUUAGCUAUCGCAAGAUUUUCUCCACGAUAGUUUUCUAUAAUUAUUGUUUUGGAAUACAUAAAUAUGACUAUAUUUGUCACGUUCAAAUUUUGAAUUAAAAAUUGUAUUUGCUUGAAUUUCCAUCUGGGUUGAAUUAGUAAAUCUUUAAGCAAGGCUCUUUGGAACAUGUCACCUCCAAAAAUACAGAAAGUUGCCAUUCAGUUUCCUCUGUUGUAUUUUUUUUCUGUUCUUUCGCCGACUAGAGACUUCAGAGGGAUCCAUUUUCCUUUAGCAACAAAGGACUUGUACCUUGUAGACCUGCUCAGUAUUGGGCAACACCUCACAUGCUGGGCAUAAAAUUAUCCGACCACUUCUAUUGGACUAGGUUCCGCUUCGUCUUCAGCAUGAUCAAAAAUGAACAAAUUAAAUAAGCCUGCUUACUUGCCACAGAAUUUCACAGCAAAUAUUGAACAAAACUGCAAACAACGCAGCACAAAAAUUAGUUCUUACAUUAAUGUUUUCUUGCCUGUCUUCCGAAAUUCAGUUUCCCAUAUUCUAAAUCUUCUUUCCAGACUGCCGUCAUUAGAAGAAAGGAUCGUGAUCGUCACUUAG